AUGCCCAAACCACGAACGAAAAGAGGCGCCGACCGCGAAGAGCGGAAGCGCAAGAGAAGAGGAGGAGACGAAGAAGAAGGCACCAAACCCCAUUACGAGUCCAAACGCCAACGCACUCAAGAUGAGGACCAGGAAAACUACCAAGACUUCCCAGUUGACGAAAACCAUCAACAACAAAAUGGCCCUGGGGAGAGGGAAUUCUUCGGCAUGCUGGCCGACGAGGAGCAGGAGUACUUCCGGAGAGCCGACGAAAUGCUCGAAUUGAAUCAAUUCCCCACCACCGAAGACCGAGACAUCUUCCUAGAGAGCGUGUUCAAAGAAGCCCAGGGCAAGGAGCUCAAACUUGCGAGCAGUCAAUCAUGCUCACGACUGAUGGAGCGCCUGAUCCAGCUGUCAAACACGACACAGAAGAAGCACCUCUUCAAUGCAUUCGGCAGCCAUUUUCUAUCCCUCGUGCAGCACCGAUUUGCCAGCCACUGCUGCGAAGCGCUCUUCCUCCGAUCGGCGGGCAUCGUCACGCAAGAGCUGGCUGGAUUCAUGCUGGACACCAAGGGCGCGAGCGCGGAGGACCACCAACCCGAGGCUUCCAUGGAGGAACUGUUCCUAGCGACGCUGGAUGAACUCGAGGGCAGUUUGUCCUUUUUGAUAACCGAUCGAUUUGCGUCGCACACCUUACGAGUCCUCCUGUUGGUUCUGUCCGGCCGACCGCUAGAUGAUAUAUCCGUCAAGACGCUCAUGAAGAGCAAAAAGAAGGAAAACAUCUCCGUCGCCGGCGCAGCAGCAGCCAACGAGCAGAAUAAGGGUCUCCGAGCCGUACCAGCUUCGUUUACACUUGCGGUGCAGAAAAUCAUUGCCGAUUCUACUGCAAGCCUUGACUCAACUGGUCUCCGUGUGCUCGCCAAGCACCCCAUUGGCAAUCCUACGCUUCAGCUCCUCCUGGAACUAGACAUGACGCUCAACAAGAGCGAAAAGAACAAGUCUUCCGAUGAAUCUGAACCCACUCAGCCCACUCUCCUCCAGCAACUCCUCCCCGGAGCACCCAAGUCCCUCUCCGAUCCAUCCUCUGAAGCGUCCGAGUUCGUCAACGGCAUGAUCUACGACCAAAUCGGCUCCCGCCUCAUCGAGACCCUCGUCGCCCACUGUCCCGGCAAAGUCUUCAAACAGCUCAACCAGAACUUCUUUCUGCCCCGGAUAGAAGGCUACGUCCGCAACGACAUCAGCUGCUACCCAGCCAUCAAAGUCCUCAACCGCAUCGGCAAAGACGACCUCAUCACCGCAGCAGACAAGAUUGCACCGACAGUGCCCCAACUCGUCUCCAAAACAAGAUACAACGUCCUGCGCACGCUUUUCGAGCGCUGCUCCGCCCGCAAUACCACCGACCAAAUAAAAAAACUGAUAAAGAACCUCAAAGAAGGGUGCGGCUCCCAGCCCGCCGACCUUGUCACCACACUCUGCCACCUCUCUGACUCCGACGCCCCCAAGUCAAAAGACGCACAAUCCCUCUCACGAAACGAAUAUGCCAUCCAAUCUCACGGCGCUCAACUCCUCACCACGCUCCUCUCCAUCCCUGGCCCCCUCAAAGCCGUCCACGAAUCUAUCCUCGCCCUCCCACCGCCGCUCCUCCUCCGCCUCGCUGCAACCUCCAUGCCAACCGUCACACUGCUCACCACCGCCCUCUCUACACCCUCUCAAAACUCACUCUUUCAAAAAUCUCUCGUGGGAAGCAUAGCCCCCCACACGAACGAGCUAUCCACCUCCCAAUUCGGCCACAACCUCAUCAAUAGCAUCGCCGAAAUUCCCAGCAAAGGAAAGGACUUCAGUAUCCCCUUUCACGUCAAGGAAUCCAUUAUGCAGCGUCUGGCGACUCAAGAAGCUGAGCUGAGAGAAAGUUGGAUGGGGAGAAGCGUAUGGCGGACUUGGAAGGGCGACAUGUGGAAGACAAGGAGGGGUGAUUGGAAGGCUUGGAUGAGGGAAAUUGAUGCGCCGGUGCAGUCCAGUGUGAAUAGGGAGGGGGAUGCUAGAGAAAAAGUGAAGAAACAGAGGGAACAGAAGGAGGAGUGA